GUCGGUUGGACGACAUAGUCGUCCUGGGUGUCAACUACCAUGUCGUUCGGCGAGUGUAUCUCGGAAUCGUAGCUCUUCACGGCGGACAGGAAAGUUAGCAUGCGUCUGGAUCGGAGGGUUCGAAGUAGGCAACUUGAGUGCUGGCAGGAAGGGAACCCGCCCGUCGUAGCAAGCCGCAAAACAAACAGCCAAGUGGACAGAAGGCCCAGCGCAUCAAAAAGGGUUAUUUGUGCCCUGCCAGUCAGAAGACAGGGAGGCACAGCGAUAGUUGAGUAGAAGAAUGAAGUAUAAAGCAUGCGACCAAGAAAAGCAGUCAUAUGCAGAGUUAGCCGGUAGAUGGAAAGGGUGCUAUCUCACCAUGUCUGCAGUGGGUGUGUGCACCGAUACUAUGUUUGUGGGAGUAUCACCCAAGGGCA